CUGCUGACGUUAUUUUAAACCUAUCUGUGUGACAAUAAAUUCCACAAGGCGCUGUUUAUUGGCUUACAAGCCAACCUUUAUUAAAAACAGUCUCCUCCCAUCAGAAAGGAGGAGAGAGACGCGUUAAGAAAGGCUAAAGAUGCGGUUAUCCCUGACAGUGUCCGUGGUUUUAGCACUGGGAUUAAUACUUCCUGAACGGGCGUCGCUUUAUGGACCUCCAGAGGACUGGGAGGGAUCUGGAUAUGACCUGGAUGGUUCUGGUUCUGGAGAUGAUCCAGAACGAGAAGGGAAUAACAACAAUCCUGACCCAGAUAUUGUACCAAACCCUGUAAAUGGAAACACAAAAUCUGCCAAAAGCUCUUCGGUGCUGAAUGCGGGGAGAUCACACAGGCAUGACAUAGAUGCUGCAACGGAAUUGGUUGUUAUCUCAAACAGCAGCAAAUUACUGGAAAACAAAGAGAUUGUUGCAGCUGUCAUUGCAGGGGGACUACCUGGAGCAACAAUAGGAGUUCUGCUAUCAGUGAUCCUGAUUUACAAAUGGAGGAAGAAACACAAAGAACAUAUUCAGAACAAGGCUUCAAAUGAAGAAUAUCACAAACCCACUCGGGAAGUAGCUUUUAUUUAACUGUCACAUCCACGUUGGAUUGAAAUCUUUAAAAUACCAUGGGGUGUCUCCGUCUUCCUGAUUGUAUUGAGCUGCUAUUAAUGAAUUUUCUCAACGGAGAAAAUUAUCAAUGUUUUUAUUUCUUGCACUUAAUUCAAAUUUUUCACUAGAAAGUGUUCACACCCAUUCACUUUUCUCCUAUAUUAGCAGUUUUAGUUCUAAAAUAGAUUUUGAGUAUUUUUUUUUUCCUUAAAGAUCCUAGAUUUUAACAUUUUUUUCCCCGGAUUUUUGGCUCAACACAAGGUCUACUGACCUUUUCUUUGACUUUGUUGGUGGAGUUCUGCUAUAUGAAUUGUCAACCUUGAGACCUGUUUAUGCGAGAUUGUUCAUUUCCAAAUCAUGUCCGUUAUAUUAAAUUUAGCAGAGGUGAAGAUGGAUCUGAGUUCAGAUUCAAUUGUACUAGCAAAGUUUGUGCAUACUUGUGAACCUAUAAUGUUAACAUUUUUAUAUUUUCUUUUUGCAAAAACACCUUAACAAUGUGUGCACUUUGUCAUUAUGAAUUAUUUUUGUACAAAUUUUCCAUAAAAACUCAAAUCUAUUUGGGAUCAGACUGUACUGUAGCAAAAUAAGUGAAAAAGAAGGGGUGUGAAUACUUCCUGGAGGUACUGUAUCUGUUAAUGUAACGUUAUGUCUGUGAUAAAACGUGAUAAAAAUGUUUCAAGGACCUCAUUCUGCCUGUGUUUUAGAAAUAUCUAAUAUGUGUAUGUAGUAUUAAUUAAUCUAGAAGUCUAAAGAUCAAUAACAGCUAAGCUAAGCUUUGACUUUAUUUACCCUGGAUAUAACCCUUCACAUUGGUUUGAAAUGAGAUGCAAUGCACGAUUUGACUUAUCAGUCAGUAGCAAUUUCCAAUGUUUCUUUGUAGCACAAUAAAAAGCAUGAAGGAAAAAUGGGGUGGGGGGGACUUGUGGCAGCUUGUAUCUCUUUUUCAGAGCCUUUUAGGUUUUUACUACAUUAAAAUGUUGAUAAGUUUGUGUUGUCUCUGAGAUUCCUGAGAAAUAAUAAUACUUAGAUUUCUAGAUUCCAGAUGUUGGUUUUAUGUAUUUUGUUUGCUUUCUGGCACUUGCAAAAAUAAAAUUGUGGUGUCAUUAAAGUCAGAACUGAUGGCUAGUUGUUUCAUUCUAUGCAGUUUAUGUACAGUUGUGUAUGGGCUGAUCCAGUGCUAAAAGGGCAGUGCGAAAAUGCUCAUCCUUCCCCUUUAUUUUGCUAAAUUGUACAAUAUGUUAAAAAGUCUUCAAUAUAACUAGAUUUUUAGUGUUUUAUAAUGUACUACUUCCUGAAUAAUGUCUCUCAUAGUGUGUAUGAUUUAAUGACAUGAUACCUCUUAAGAUAUUGGAUGAAAACUUAUUAGAAUUGGCAAUUUGUGCAAUAUUAAAACUACAUAUGUCAUAUUUGUUUUCUCACAUUUUUGUUUGCACAUAAAGAAAUUGGAACAAAUCUUGUCUUAA